AUGAUAACAACCAAUAAGGUCGGCAUUGAACAGGAGGCGUUGGGAACGAAAGUCAAGCUGAUGGAAAGAGGAGACGGCUGGCAGGCAGACAGAGGAAUUUGUUCCCAUCUUGACGGAGGGCCCGACGAAAUCCGUUUCUGUUCUGACGAAAGGCCCGACGGUUACCGUUCUUAUCCUGACGCGACUGAAGCCACAGGACGGCCUGAUGGGGGGAAGGAGGACCGGGGUAGAAAAGGGAAGGAGCAGCCUCCCAGUAGUAUUCGCGAUGCUGGCGAGUUGGAGAGGCUUCGACGCGUGAGUGGAUUCGAAAAUGGGGAGAGGGAGGAGAGGGGUCAGCCCGGUAACGGAUGUGCUGGCGAGUUGGAGGGGUUACGGCGGCGGCUGAAGGAAUGGGAGCGACGCUUCGCCGCGUCGCACGGCCGCGCGCCGUCCCGCGCUGACGUGGAGGCCGAUCAGUCUGUAGCUGAGCAGUACGGCGCAUAUGCUCGGCUGAAGGAGCGCGAGAGGCGAAAGCGGAAGAGGUCUCAAGAAGGUGCUAGUACCAAACCUGUUACUAAAGAAGGUGGUUCUACUCAUGGGCUUGCUGCUGCUGCUGUUGCUGCUGAAGGCGCAAAGGGAUCAGAAAAGAAACAUCGUGGAAUAGAGAACGCCACGGUGGACAGGACAGGAAAGAGAGAUCAGACGAAGCAUGCGAAACGAGACGAUGGAGAUGAUAGCAGAGAGUUGGGUGUGAGGGACGGUGGGGGCUUGGGUAGAGGCGAGCAGAGAAGCAGCAAUUCAUAUCUGCAAACUCAACAGGUGGACCGAGCAGUGUGGCAGAGCAGCAGACCGUUUAGCCUUGUUGUGUGUGGCACAGGGGGAGGGGGAGGCGGAGGCGGAGGGGGAGGGGAAAGCGGAGGGUUAGGGGGACGGGGAGGGAGAGCAGAAUGGAAAAGGGUGGGUGGAGGAGGAUGCGGAGGGAUGAGGGAUGACGAAGAGCAAAGGCUGAGUGCGGGGGAGGGUUUGGCGGGGGGGAUGGAGGGAGUGGGGAUGGGGCCGGUUGAAGCAAGGUUUGGAUUGAGAGGAGAGGGGGGACAGGAAGGGAGUCGGAGAGAUGAAGGAGAGGGAGGGGGUUUGACAAGAGAGGGAGCAGGAGAGGAGGCGUAUGAUGGAAUUGCAGUGCCUGUUCGUCCUGUAGGCAUGCUGGGCUGUAUUGCUCCCUCGAGUCUGCUUGUAACGAGGAUAGAUAGAUGGGCAGGGAGGUGGGGUGUUGAAUGCCGAGCUGCUGAGCUGGCAGGUGGAGAUGUGCUGCAAGAGGCGGCUGGCGUGGAACCUGUAGAAUCUGGCGUAGCGCAAAGAGAUGCUGAUGUGGCACGGAGAGAGGCUGAUGCGUUGCUGGGACGGGCCGAUGUGGGUGCAGCACAAUGUGUAGAAAUAGCAACAGAAACGAGGGUAGCAUCUCAAGCUGCUGCUGAUGGGAUGGCGGUGACGGUGAAGGGGCGGAAGCGAGUGAGAGCAGAGGAGGGCGAUGGUGAAGAGGAUGGGGAAGCUGGGGAAAGGAGGGAGGAGCAAGGUAACGAAGGCAAGGGGGGUGCAGGGGAGAGAGUGGGUGGGAGAAGAGUCACUCGGCUGGCUGUUCGGAAGGCAAAGGAGGAUGGGUUGGAGGGAGAGGGGCAAGGGGAUGGGGGGAUAGAGGGGGAGAACGGUAGUAAGAGGGGGAAGGGGAGUGAGUCUGGGAGUGACAAGAGUGAGGAGGAAAGUGGGAGUGAGAGUGGGAGUGACAGUGGUUCUGAUUGGGGGAAGGAGAGGGAAGAGGUCAGCAGCAGCAGUGAAAGUGAGGAGGGGAUGAACGGGGAGGAGGUGGAGGGAGAGAAGCAGGAGGGGAACAAGGGUGGUACCGGCAGUGCAGCAGCAGUGGAGUAUGGAUGGGGCAACCCCUUAGCCCUGCAAGCCCUGCGCCAGAAAGAAGCUGAGAGGAGGAAGCAGAGGAGGGUGGCUGCUGCUAGCGGUGCACCUGGUGGUGCUGCUGGGCGUGGGCGGAUAGGUUAUGGUCUCACCAGCAGCAGGAAUGCUAAGGGGCGGCCUGGGUUGCAAGGGAGAGACAACUUUGUUCGCCUGAAUAUUAAUGGUAGGGGGGGUAAGAAGAGGUUCGGGAAUGGUACCAAGACGAGCAGGUUCGGGAGUAGGAAUGGUGGAGGGAGUAGGUUUGGGAGGUUCCGUGGUGGGUAUGGAGGGGGGAGGAGGAAGGGGGGUUACAGGAAAAAUGGGAAGGGAGGGGGGGCGGGGGAAGGGGGAGAGUGUGGGAUGGGCUUGGGUGGAUGGAUGGAUGAUGGUGCGAUGAUGGGGUUGGAAGGGGCAGGAGAGAAAGGAGAGAGGGGAGAGGCAAGGGAGGGAGGGGCAGGCCUCAAAGUGCCUCAAAGGGAGAAUGAGAGGAGGGUGGGGAGAGUGGGAGGAGUGGCACGGAACGACAGAGGUAAUGGGGUGUAUGGGAAAGGGAGCCAGGAUGAGAAGCAGGAGAAAGAGGAGGGGGAGGAGGAGGAGGAGGAAGAGGAGGUGGAGGAGAUGGAAGGGGGGGAUGACCGGGGCGAGGAGGAGAAAGCUACACAGGGCAAGAGACGAGUACAGAAGAAGAGGAAAAGCGAGGACACAGGAGCGGGAGAAGAGGAGGAGAUGAGUGAGAGGGCUGAUAGAGUGGAAAGAGCUCGGAUGGUGGAGGCAGCUGGAAGGGACCCUUCAGAGGGCAAUCUGUUGAGGGUGCUGCGGCACGUCUUUGGCUUCGAUCGGUUCCGCGAUGGACAGGUGGCGGCCAUCCAACGGGUGCUGCGCGGCCAAUCAACGCUCCUCGUGCUGCCAACUGGCGCUGGGAAGUCGCUCUGCUACCAGGUGGGCGCUUAUGUUACCAGGUUACCAUCACUGCUGCCAUGGAGCAGUCACUGUUACUCCUCGUGCUUCCAACUGGCGCUGGGAAGUCGCUCUGCUACUAGCCCGCUAGUGGCACUCAUGCAAGACCAGCUCGCCCACCUGCCGCCCUGCCUGCCCGGUGCCCUUCUCUCGUCCUUCCAGUCACCCCAAGAGAGUGGUGCAGUGAUAGAGAGGCUGAGAGGAGGGGGCGUGAAGUCACCCGGUGAGAGCAGUGCAGUGAUAGAGAGGCUGAGAGGAGGGGAGCUGAAAGUGCUGUUUGUGUCGCCUGAGCGCCUGGCUGCUCCUUCCUUCCUGCGCCUGCUCUCCAGCCUGCCCCAGGGCGUGUCUCUCGUGGUGUUUGAUGAGGCGCACUGCAUUUCAGAGUGGUCGCACAACUUCCGCUCCGCCUAUCUGCGCCUCUCCUCCAUCCUGCUCUCCAGCGGUCUCCUGGACAGACAGGGAGCAGCAGCUGAAGCGAGGGAGGCAGCAGCAGCAUCAGCAUCAGCUGAAGAGGCAUCAGACCCCAAGGCUUCUGCGGCAGAUCCCUCUCCCGCAGAUGCUGCUGCUUCUGCUGCCGCUGCUUCUGAUGCUGAGGGCACCGAUGAUUGUCUAGCUGGUGGUGACAGCAUUAGCAGCAGCAACAUUCCCCGGAGGCGGUGCAUUCUCGCCAUCACAGCCACUGCCACACGCCUCGCCACGUCAUCGCUCAUCUCAGCACUGGGCAUCCCGCCUGGCGGCGUGAUUCGGCGCAGAGUGGUGCGCCCAAAUCUGCACCUCUCAGUGUCGAUAACCGGGGCCAAAGGGCGGCUGCCUGGGGCUGGGUCAGGGCCUCCUCAUGCGGCGGUGGGAGAGAGCAUGUGGGGGAAUGGGGCAGCAGCGGGGCAAAGUAGGCAGCGGGCACUGGUGGAUCUGCUGAUGGCUCCUCCCUUUGCUUCUGCCUGCAGCAUCAUUGUUUACUGCUCCUUCCAGUGGGAGGCUGAUGACGUGGCACGCAUUCUUCGAGACAACCGGAUCGCCGCUCGGAGCUAUCAUGGUGGUUUGCAAGCGGGGGAGAGGACGCGCAUUCUGCAGCACUUCACAGCCAACAAGCUCCGAGUGGUUGUGGCAACUCUGGCAUUUGGCAUGGGCUUGGACAAAGCUGAUGUUGGUGCGGAAAGGUUGGAGAAAAGGGAUGAGGGUUUGACAUUUGCUUUCGUCUCUCCCAUCCUCUCUCCCUUCCUCUCUCCCGUCUUCUCUCCCCUCCUCUCUCCCCUCUUCUCUCCCCUCCUCUCUCCCCUCCUCUCUCCCCUCCUCUCUCCCCUCCGCUCUCCCCUCCUCUCUCCCCUCCUCUCUCCCCUCUUCUCUCCCUCUUCUCUCCCCUCUUCUCUCCCCUCUUCUCUCCCCUCUUCUCCUUUUCACAGGAAAUCGGUCGGGCAGGUCGUAACGGGCAGCCCGCCUUCUGCCACCUCUUUGUGGACAGCCCCUGCUACCUCCACUACAGUGGCUCAACAGCCUCUCUCCCCAUGUCUUUUCUGUCCCCACUCGCAGGAAAUAGGGCGUGCGGGGCGCAACGGUCAGCCCGCCUUCUGCCAUCUCUUUGUCGACCGCCCCUGCUACCUUCGCCUGCGCAGCCUUGCACACUCGGACGGAGUAUCGGAAAGCACUGUAGCUGCCUUCCUCUCUCUCGUCUUUGGCGACUACCAACUGCCAGCAGCACCUGAAGAAUCACCUGAAGAAGCGCCUGAAGCAGCAGUGCAGAUUCCUGUGUUCCGGACCAUUCCCAAGGAGAAGACGGCCCAGUCCCUUGACAUACGCCCAGAGGUGAUGGAAACCAUUCUAGUGUUCUGUGAGUCGCCAGCACCGCCAUCCGAGUCGACUCACCACCGUGCUCUGGCGGUGUCUCCAGAACACCGGACAUCUCCGGCUGCGGAUUCGCUGCCCCCACCACCCUCAGCAGCACCGUCACCCUCCGCGCCACCGUCGUCACCACCCUCAGCACCCGCCGCAUCACCACCACCACUGUUAUCACCCACCCCCCCUGCCGCCCGUGCUUACCUGCGGAUGAUGCCUGAGGCGCCAGCUUCCUGCCUGCUCUCCUUCCACAAGACCCCAGUGGAGGUUCUUUCCAGGAACUUUCCUCUUGUGAAGGCCAUUCUUGCCACCAACCCCAGCCCCCGCAAUGGGCGGUAUUCGGUCCAGCUGGCACCGUUGGCCAAUCACGCGCACAUGCCGCUGCCUAUGCUGCUGGCUGCUUUGAGAGACCUGCAGAGGUGUGGCGAGAUCGUAUGCGAGUUCCAGGAACCUUCCUUGUGCGUGCAGCUCAUGUCUCGCCCCAAGAGUCUCUCUUCUCUGGCUGCAGCCAUCUGCCACCGACUGGCGGCUGUGGAGAGGUCAACGGUGGCAAAGCUUGAUGCCAUGUAUGCCGUAGCAGCCGCAGCAGCCCAGCUCCCAGCAGCACAACCAGCAGCACAACCAGCAGCACCACCAGCAGCACCACCAGCAGCACCACCAGCAGCACCACCAGCAGCACCACCCCCACAGUCAGCUGAACUGUCGGACAAGCCUGCUCCCUUCAGUGGAAGCACGAAAGACCCUUCUACCGCUGCCACCUCUGCCACUGCUCCAACCGCUGCAGAGAGCAGCAGGUCGCAGGGUGGCAGGCAGACUGCCCUCCUGCAGCGCUGCAUCGCGGCUUUCUUUGACUCCCCAGAUGGGUCCGUGCCGCCCCUGCUCGCUGCUCCUGCUCCUGUCACCACUGCCAGUAGCCGCGGCGCGAGGGAAUUUGUGGCAUCCCUCCUGCCGCAAUUCAAAGAGGGCAAUCCGCAGCUAGCAGUAGAGGCCGUUGUUAACAGGGGCAAGCACCCAAACCUGCACGCUCAAUACGUGAACGGGAGGGAGAGGGUGGUGGAUGUGAAGAAUCAGGAGGCAGAGACCAUUCUAAUCCAGGCUUUAAGGCUGCGGAAUUCCACGGGGCGAAAAGUGGUCAAGCUGAAGUCGAGGCACGAGUCGACACGGCCCAGCAUUCAAGGCAUGUGGACUCCUGAGCUCCAAGCCCAGCUUAGAUCACAAGCAGCAUCGUAA